UCUUGGUGAUGUCCGUUAUGUAGAGAGCGAUGUGAUUGGUCAAGAGAUCUCGGAGCGGAGUUACGCGCUCUCUCAUUGGCUGACGCUUCUGGUCCCGCCUACUGUGAUGUUUUUCAGGCGGCGCAAUAUUUUUAGCUCGUUAGCAUGCUAGCAUCAGCGUCGUCGAUAUAAAUUCACAGCACUGCUUGCUCUUUUAUUGUUAAGCGUUCGAAUGGUACAGAACCAUGUACUUUUGCCACAUAUUAUAAAUGCGAAGCACGCGAGUGUAACGUUAGUAGCUUUGCGCUGUUUUUAACGCACUAGUCUUGCUUGUUCGGGAUGUUUUUACACUUAACAUGGAGACAAAAAGAUGGGAGAUUCCUAACGGGCUGCUGGAUGACCUUUGCAGUCGCUUCAUUCUUCACAUCCCCAGCGAGGAGAGGGACAAUGCCAUCAGAGUUUGCUUCCAGAUUGAGCUUGCCCAUUGGUUUUACCUGGACUUCUGCAUGCAAAAUUCACCAGGACUACCUCAGUGUGGGAUAAGGGACUUUGCCAAGGCUGUUUUUAAUCACUGUCCAUUCCUGCUGCCCCAUGGAGAGGAUGUUCAGAAGGUUUUAGAGCAGUGGAAAGAGUAUAAGAUGGGUGUGCCUACGUUUGGUGCCAUUAUUCUUGAUGAAACGCUUGACAAUGUGUUGAUGGUCCAGGGUUAUCUGGCCAAGUCUGGCUGGGGUUUUCCUAAAGGGAAAGUCAAUGAAGAUGAGGCUUUCCAUGACUGCGCUGUUAGAGAAGUUUUGGAGGAGACAGGCUUUGACAUCCGAGAUCGUAUCUGCCAAAAAACAUACAUUGAACAGAGGAUUUCAGAUCAGUUGGUUCGAUUGUACAUUAUACCAGGAGUUCCUAAAGACACCAAGUUCAACCCCAAGACCAGAAAAGAGAUAAGGAACAUUGAAUGGUUCUCAGUGGAUAAACUGCCUUGCCACAGGAACGAUAUGACCCCGAAAUCCAAGCUUGGACUGGCUCCUAACAAGUUUUUUAUGGCUAUUCCAUUUAUGAGGCAGCUCAGAGAGUGGAUUGCCAAACACAAAGGAGAGUCAACGAGCAGCGAUGAGGAUUUUGCGUCCAAUGGCAGCACACCAGGCAAACCAUUCCGCUCUAAGCCCAGAAGGUCUCAGAUGUUGGUGGAAGCAUCUCCUGAAAGCUGGUCCAAGCAAAAACCACAGAAACCCUUUGGACAAACCGCCCAGAGUGAGUUAGUAGACCUGCUUAAACCCAAGAAUCAUGUGAAAGGCAACAGCAAGAAACACCAGGAGUCUCCAAACCUGAAUAAAAGAGCUAAUGGUGUCAGCCAGCAGCAGAACGAUGAGAAGAAACUUCAGCCCAGAAGACUGCAGGAUAACUUUGACACGGAUGCAUCCGGUGACGUCUAUGGCUGUAACGGACAGGCAGACUUGUGUUACGGGGAAUACAUCCUCUCCUCGCGCUCUUUUCUCAGCUUCAGAUUUGACAGAGAGGCCAUCAUGAAAUCCUGCUUCGAGUCCUGAAGAUCUGCUGUACUGCCUCUGGUUUUUAAAAGAUUUGACGCAGCAAAUUUCCUUAAGAUCUACAAGUGCAUCAUCUUGCGCUGUGAACCUGUUAGUCGAGAUGCAUUGUGUGUUGGACCAAGAUUACAGAUAAAUCCAAAUAAUUCCUUUUUUCACACACAUAUGUCAGUUCCUAUUCAUCUGGAAUGCUGUUAGCUUGAGUUCUUUUUAGACUUUAUAUUUAUGCUAAAACGUGUGCGCAAUCAUGAGUGCAUCAUUUUGUCACUAAAGAGAAGUGUUUCUUGGUGAACUUGCUCGUUUAGUCUGAAACACACUUAACAGUAGUUUGGUUCGGAGCCCCUGAAGUGUGUAUUCUGCUCUUCUUACUUCAUUGUGAAUUCAGAUGUUACAAUAAUAAUCGGUCCAGCUGUAUGUUGAAUUUCUAUGGCUCAAUGUACGUUGUUUGCCGUUUUUGCUGUUAAACAUAAAGCAAAUAUAAGAAGCUGCUCAAAAAGCAUGCUUUCAGAGCGUCACAUGACUGGUACUGUACAGAUAGUACACGUUACUCGUCCAAAAGCAGGAAAACACAUUGAAGCACUAUAUACUUUAUCAAGUCCUCAGUCACCAAAUGUCUGCUCAGUUUGACAUUGUGUUGGAUUUGCAGUUUGAUAAAUGACAUUUCAUCCAUGUUUCCCUUAAAUGAUGUCUUCAGUUGUUUUGUCAAGCUGUUUGUUUUCUGUUCAUUGUUCAUUGAUAUUUGUAUCAUGCUUCAACUGCUGCCCAGGUUUUCCCCACCCUCCACAUGGUUACUAUACUAUAUUAAUAUUUUCUCUGUGAAAUGGCACUGAUAUCUGUGGUAAGCUGAUUUACAAUUAUGCAACAUGAUUUGCUUAACCACAUUAUCUAUGGUUUGUAAUGUCAUUUUUUCUUUCUCAUUUUUUGGUAAAUAAAGACAGUUUCUUAAAGA